UCUUCUCCAUAGAUAAGCUUUGUCCACUCCGCUCUAUCCUCCUCGCCGUUUCUCCCCAACCCAACCCCCCGUACGGCGCGUCCGCCCGCCCCAGAAAAAUGGAGACCUCCUUCCUCCCGACCGCGCGGCCCCUCCCGGCGUUCCAAACCCUAGCCGCAGCCCCGCGCUGCCCCCGCCCCCUGCGCCGCUCCACCAUCCGCGCCGCCAUCUCCCGCGGGCGCAAGGAGGACACGGUCGCCGUGGUCCGCGAGCAGCUGGAGGGGUGCUACCUCCUGGCCGGCAUCCGCUACGAGGGCCUGACGGUGAAGCAGUUCCAGGGCAUCCGCGACGCGCUGCCGGAGUCGUGCCACCUCCUGGUGGCGAAGAACACGCUGGUGGGGAAGGCCAUCGAGGGCACCCCCUGGGAGGCGCUCAAGCCGUGCAUGAAGGGCAUGAACGCCUGGCUCUUCGUCCACACGGAGGAGGUCCCCGUCGCGCUCAAGCCCUACCGCGCCUUCCAGAAGGAGGAGCGCGUCGAGGAGACCAACGACUUCAUCGGGGCGGUGUUCGAGGGCAAGUACUACGAGCCCGCCGAGUUCAAGUCGCUCGAGACCAUGCCCAGCCGCGCCGAGGUCUACUCCAAGCUGCUCGGCGCCCUCAAUGGGCCGGCCACCUCCCUCGUCACCACGCUGCAGGCGCCGGCCAGGGACGUCGUCGCCGUGCUCUCCGCCUACGUGCGCAAGCUCGAAGAGGAGUCCGGCGCCGGCGCCGCCUAGUGGCACUUGCCAUAUGGUUGUGCCUCCUGUCCUCUCAUCUCACUCCUUGUCUGUACAAUUCCUUGUACCUUUACUGUCUCCCGUUUGAAUUGAAUCACAAGUUUUCCCCUUCACAAUGUGCGGCCUGCAAUUGGACAGUUUCUCCUGCCUGCUGGUGUCCAAAUUGGGAUGAAAUUGGGUUUGAAUUGAAUCACAAGUUUUCCCCUUCA